UGUGCGUGUGUGUGUGCUUUUUUGUUGUGGUGGCCGCGCUUGCUCGGUUUCCGCUGUUGUUGUUCUUGUUGCUGCCCGUACCGCCCGCCCGCAAAUCGUUAUCCGCUUUGGCUCGCUCUCGGCGGCAAAGGGAGAAGCGCCAGCCAGCAAUUACUCUCCCCCCCCCCCCAACCGAAAACAAUUGUAAAAACCAGUUUUUUGUUUGUCCAGAAAGUGUAGUGUAUUGUUUGUCGCCAGCCGUUUCUUCUUCUUUUUUUUCAUUCCCAUUUUCUUGCUCCUCAAUGUAUGAUGCUUGAUGUAACCGAACGGUAAGGCACACGGCCGUGUUGUUCCGUUGUGUUGCGCGCGUAGCAAGUCUGUGUGUGUGUGUGUGCGUUUGCGUGUGUGUGUGUGUGUGUGCUUUCGGUAGGAAAACGAAAGAAAAUCCGGAGACCCCCUCCACCACGGGUAGCCACAAUCAAUCGCCCGCACCGUCCCAGAGCCGCUCCUGUUGCUCGUCCUAUCCGCCACCUGCCCCAUCCGCCUGCCAGCGGCCUUUCCUGACGUGUGGGUUUUGGACGCCUCGGCAGCAGGCCAAGGGAUAAGUGACACUCCAAGAAGGCACGCCGCACGAUGGGACACACGGUGCAGGUGGCAGUGGCCACCCUCAACCAGUGGGCGAUGGACUUUGAGGGAAACGUCGAGCGCAUCCUGCUAUCGAUCAGGCUGGCCGCCGCCAAUGGCGCCACCUACCGUACGGGGCCGGAACUGGAGGUUAGCGGGUACAGCUGCGAGGACCACUUCCACGAGCCGGACACGUACAUGCACUGCUGGGAGGCGCUGGUCGAGAUCAUACAGUCGCCCUGCUGCCCGCCCGGCAUGCUGAUCGACGUGGGCAUGCCGGUGCAGCACCGGAACGUUGCGUACAACUGUCGCGUCGCGUUCCACAACGGGCGCGUCGUGCUGAUCCGGCCGAAGAUGACGAUGUGCGACGAUGGCAACUAUCGCGAGACGCGCUGGUUCUCGCCGUGGACGAAGGAGCGCCAGACGGAGGAGUACCAGCUGCCGCGGUUCGCCGCGCAGGCGCUCGGACAGGAGACGGCACCGAUCGGCGAUGCGGUGAUUGCGACGCUCGACACCUGCCUCGGGUACGAGAUCUGCGAGGAGCUGUGGAACCCGCGCAGCAAGCACAUCGACAUGUCGCUCGCCGGCGUCGAGAUCAUCGUGAACGGCUCGGGCAGCUACAUGCAGCUGAGGAAGGCGCACAUCACGGCCGAUCUGAUACGCAACGCGAGCUACAAGGCGGGCGGCGCCUACCUGUUCAGCAACAUGCGCGGCUGCGACGGGCAGCGGGUGUACUUCAACGGCUGCUCGGCGAUAGCGCUGAACGGGUCGAUCAUCGCCCGCGGCCGGCAGUUCGCGCUGAGCGAGGUGGAGGUGACGGUGGGCUCGUUCGACCUGCACGACAUCCGGGCGUACCGGGGGGCGCUGCGCUCCCGCAGCUCGGUCGCCGCCUCGGCCCCGGCCUACCCGCGCGUCCAGCUGCAGCUGGAGUUGGCCGCCUCGGACCGGGACCAUCCGGGGACGCCGGCGAGCAGCCCGCUCGGCGAGUGGGUGUACCACCGGCCGGAGGAGGAGAUCGCGCUCGGGCCGGCCUGCUGGCUGUGGGACUAUCUGCGCCGGUCGGGGCAGGGCGGCUUCUUCCUGCCGCUCAGCGGCGGCGUCGACUCGAGCAGCACCGCCAUCAUCGUGCACUCGAUGUGCCGGCUGGUGGUGGAAGCGAUCGGGCAGGGCGACCGGCAGGUGCGGGACGACUGCCGCAAGAUACUGGCCGACCCGGAGUACGUGCCGGCGAGCGCGGCCGAGCUGUGCGGCCGGCUGCUCUUCACCUGCUACAUGGGCACGGAAAACUCGAGCCGCGAGACGCGCCAGCGGGCGGCCGCGCUGGCAGCGCAGAUCGGCAGCUCCCACCAGGACAUUGGCAUCGACGGGGCGGUCAGCGCGCUGCUCGGCAUCUUCCAGCUGGCGACGGGCAUGCGACCGCGCUUCCGGGCGGCCGGCGGCUGUCCCCGCCAAAACCUGGCCCUGCAGAACAUCCAGGCCCGGACGCGCAUGGUGCUGGCGUACCUGUUCGCGCAGCUGAUGCUGUGGGUGAGACAGCGGCCGGGCGGUCUGCUCGUGCUCGGGUCGGCCAACGUGGACGAAGCGCUGAGGGGGUACAUGACCAAGUACGAUUGCUCGUCGGCGGACGUCAACCCGAUCGGGGGCAUCUCCAAGAUGGAUCUGCGCCGCUUCCUCGCCUACGCGCAGGUCGAGUUCGGGCUGCCGAUCGUGGCGGAGAUAGUGGCGGCCCCGCCGACCGCCGAGCUGGAACCGCUCGUCGACGGCGCGAUCGCCCAGACGGACGAGGAGGACAUGGGGCUGACCUACCAGGAGCUGAGCGAGUUCGGCCGGCUGCGCAAGCAGGCGUUCUGCGGCCCGUUCAGCAUGUUCUGCAAGCUGGCGGCGGCGGCCGUCGCCGACGGCAACCGCAGCCCGAGGGAGGUGGCCGACCGGGUGAAGCACUUCUUCCGCUGCUACGCGAUCAACCGGCACAAGAUGACGGUGCUGACGCCUUCGUACCACGCGGAGUCGUACAGCCCGGACGACAACCGGUUCGAUCACCGGCCGUUCCUGUACCGGGCGAACUGGACCUGGCAGUUCCGGGCGAUCGAUGCCGAGCUGGAGCUGCUCGCCAAGCACCAGGCCCGGCUGGAGGAGGAGCGGGCGAAGGACGGCGCGGCAGCGGGCGGAGGAGUGGCGCCCAACGGGGCAGGCAGCAGCAGCGAGCCAGCGUUCUUCGCCGCCGGCGGCAAUGGGGGCGGUGGCCACAUGACCACGGCGACGAGCGCGUACCAGCUCGUGCGCCAAUCCAGUGGCCUCUAUCUGACCGGUGUCGGUGGGGGUGGUGGCGGUGGGGUCGGCACGGGCGGUGCCGACGGUCCCGGCCAGCUCACCGUCGGUCUGACCAAGUCGCACAGCAGCGGCGGCUACAGCCGGAUGCAUUCCAGCGUGCUGGGCAAGAUCAAGGACCGGACCGGUGUGCCUGUGUAAAGGGGAGGGGAGGAGAAGGAGGAAAUGCUGCUACACCCACGCUAAAUCGCAUCCCACAGACAAGCAAACAAACGAACAUAAACACGACGACGCCCCCUUCCAUCUCUUACCAAGCGUGCCUCUCCAGUGUAACAAUAAUGACGACGAGCGCGGGCGUGCGAGGGGCGAGGGGCGCUAUUUUCUUCUGCAUUAGAUGCUGACGCGUGUAGUUCCUAUUGGUGGAUUGAGGUAAAAGGACACAAAACACAAAAAAACACACACCCACACAGUGUGGUCAAAGUAGAGAAGCGCGCGCACACCUUCUUAGCUGUAGUGUGGAGCUGUGUCAUCCGGGUUGCCUUCAAGUCCGGUGCUAAUGAGAUAGAGAAAAAAGAGAGAGAGAGAGAGAGAGAGAGAGAGAGAGAGAGUGAGAACUCACGGGGACACUAAGAGAGAACGAGUGAGAUAGGAAAACGCACACAUAUCCUUAAAGAGGUUUGGUUUUUGCUCACCGCGAAAGGAAGAAGUAAACAAUCGGAGGACACAUUAGAAGUUUGGAGGAACAUUAAGAGGGACACUCACACAGACACAGACCCAGACACACACACAGACACACACACAGACACACACAUAGACACAGACACUCCAUCCGCUCGAGCGCUCGACUACGAAGCAAACCAGUUUUCCAGAGCCCUGGCGUAGUUUGCGCUUUUCGAGAUGGAAAGAUUCUUAUCGCACACAUAAUAACCCAAUACAUACACACACACAUGCAGAAAAGGAAUGCAUAGUAACGGAAUUAGUUUAGUGUGCAGGUAGAGCAUUAGCCACCACUUCCAGCCGCUCUGAACAAGGACCGCGUGUUCGUCACAGAGUAGAUCGUCACCACGUUCGCGUUGUUGCGUCGAAACCUCACCGCGCCUAGCACUUACCAAGUAGGUGGCAAAGCAGCAAUUUGCCUGGCAGAUAGUGCACAGCUAGCUUACUUUAAACAACGCCUGCUCAAUACUAAACCAAACCAAACAUUCACCUUAACACAUUAGCGCUAGAGCGGCACCUCCUGUGCGCCUGUUCGUAUGCAAUCCGCGCCGUGUGCGCUUGCCGCAACGGCAGGCGUUUGCAAGCUCCUGGCUCACGAAGCAAACACGGAGCUCGGAGUGCGCGUUGCAUACCUGGCAGGCGCUCCAAGCAAAGCAGGAGCUACUGGCACGUGUUGCUGUUGUUUUUAUUUUUUUUAAAUAAUUUUUAUAUAGACGAUAUAGACGAUAGGUUAAGAACGCACGCACGGGAAUUGUCGGGAGCUGUUUGUCGAAAAACCGGCGCUGUGGUGUAGUAGCUCAGGUAGUGUACCGUUCAACCGCGAACCAAGCGUUCCGAGGCAGUGGGAAAGCACGAUAAAAAAAAUAAAAAUAAAAAUAAAACCUCAA